AUAAUGUCCAGCAACUUUCAUGAAAAAACACAGCCUCUCUGACACUCAAACACGGAAAUGGAGGCAAUCCACAUCUUCCUAUUCUGCAUUACUCUCGUCUUGUUCUUCAUCCGACCCAAAUUUCUUCGCAAAUCCAACACCAAAAACCUCCCACCAGGCCCAAAUGGCCUCCCUAUCAUUGGUAACCUUCACCAACUUGGUCCUAGACCCCAUGAAACUCUCUCCGCAAUGGCUAAAGAGUUUGGUUCCUUGAUGACUCUCAAAUUUGGCUGUGUCACCACCAUCGUUGCUUCCUCUGCUGAAACCACCAAAGAAAUCCUUCACACCCAUGACCAAACCUUUUCUAACCGACCUGUCCCUGACUCAGUAGCCACUCAACCACACCCAGAAGGCACUCUUGCUUGGGUCCCCGGUGACCACAGGUGGCGCAACCGUAGACGCAUAUGUAGCACCCAAAUGUUCACUUCUCAACGCCUGGACUUGUUACAACACUUUCGUCACAAGAAAGUGCACCAACUCAUAGCUCACAUAAACAAAUAUAAGGGUACCCCAGUUGAUAUUGGGUCCUUAGCUUUUGCUACCACGUUGAAUCUUAUAUCAAACACUAUUUUCUCGGUGGAUAUAGUGGACCCGGAUUUUGAAUCAGCUCAGGAAUUCAAGGAACUUGUUUGGAGGAUUAUGAUGGAUGCUGGGAAGCCUAAUGUUUCGGAUUACUUUCCGAUGUUGAAGAGGUUUGAUUUACAAGGUGUGAGACGCCAUGUUCAGGUUUCCUAUAAGAGGAUGCAUGAGAUAUUUGAUGACAUCAUUGCUACGCGUUUGAAACACAGAGAGACUGAUAAGACAACAAGACAUAGUGAUUUCUUGGAUGUGCUUCUUGAUCAGAUGCAAGAAGAUGGGUCUGACUUUAGUAUUGACACCAUCAAGCCCCUGAUUCUGGAUUUGUUUAUCGCCGGUAGUGAUACAUCUGGAUUGACUACAGAAUGGGCAAUGGCAGAGCUUCUACGUAAGCCUAAAACAUUGCAGAAGGCAAGAGAUGAAGUUCUGCAAGUGAUUGGUACUCACGGUGAAAUUAAAGAAUCAGACAUUGAUAGAUUUCCAUAUAUCCAAGCAGUUGUGAAAGAGACAUUGCGGCUUCACCCACCUGCACCACUUCUCUUGCCUUACAUAGCUGGAAACGAUGUUGAAGUAUCUGGAUACACCAUAUACAAAGGAAACCAAGUUCUAGUAAAUGCAUGGUCUAUUGGUAGAAAUCCCAAAUAUUGGAUUGACCCUUUGUCAUUUGAGCCUGAAAGGUUUGUAGGAUCCAACUUAGAUUUCAAAGGAAGGGAUUUUGAGUACAUUCCAUUUGGUGCUGGUAGAAGAAUUUGCCCUGGCUUACCACUUGCUCAAAGAAUGGUUAUCCUAAUGCUGGGUUCAAUUUUACAUUCAUUCAAUUGGAAACUUCCCGAGGGAAUCACCCCAGAGAACCUUGACAUGUCUGAGCAAUUUGGAAUCACUUUGAAGAAGGCUAAUUCUCUUUGCGCUGUUCCUUUUGGUGAGUAAAGGAAUGGAUUUUAAUUAAUGGAGUUUGCAUAUUACCAUGUACUUUAUGGCCCUUUUCCUUUUGCUUCCACGUUGUUGGUUUUUCUUUCAGUGUUUUGUGCCCAAAGGUUUGAUUCCUUCGGGCAACGUUCAGACUAGGAUAAAAAAUUUGAUCACCUAAUAAGCUCUGUACUAAUAUUUUGAUCAGUAUAUGAAAGCCUGUGUGCUCAAUAAUGUA